CUUUCUCAAAAUGCCAUGAUUUCAAAUUUCUUACAGCCAUUUCUUCUAUGUUCCCAAUGUUACAUAAUAUCGAAUUUUAAAAUUCAUCCAAGCAGACCUUUAGUGAGUUGGUUAUUUUUAUGGUUUUUAAUACUCCCCCGUCCGGAAAUAAUCUUUCUAUUUCUCCUUUUUCUCCGUCCGGAAAUAAUCUUUCCAUUUCAAUUUUUUAUACACUAACUACCCAAAAUACCCCCACUUACCAAUAUUCACUCUCUCCUCUCUCCCUUUCUCUCUCCUCUCUUUCUCUCCUUCCUCAUCUUUUUCUUCUUCUUUUCUUCUCUCCACAUUUGUUACCCCAGAUCUGUUAAUUUUGCCUCUUUUUCUUCUUCUUCUUCUCUCCCAGUUCUUCCUCGCCCCCAAAUCUGUUCCUUCUCCUCCUCCUCUUUCUCGUCCUCCUUUUUUCCUUCAGAUCCAUUCCUCCUUCUUUUCCACCGAUUCUUUCUCAUUUCUCUUUUCUUUCCCCAAAUCAAUUCAUCUUCUUUCUUCCUCUUCAUAUUCUUUUUUUUCUCCUAUUUGUUUGCCUUCUAAAUCUGUACGUUCUCGGAAGAUUAAGGGGAGAUGGUGGGGGCAGCGAAGAUUGUGGGGGGGGGGGUCGACGGUACUUUUGGCCUGCUGUAGCGGUGGGAUUGACAGAGCAAGGGGCGGGGUAGUGGGUGCUGACAAUUAUUGGGAGAAGGGUGUUUUGGACAUUUCCAUUCUAAAGUCAACACUUCAAAAAAAUGGGAAAAAGUUCAAAUGGGAAGUUUAAUAUCGGACAGAGGGAAUAGAAAAUAUAUACUUUAAGUUUGUUGGUGGACGUGAAACAAUUGACCAAAGUAAGGAAUGUCAUGGAGAUAAGAUUCGAGUUCGAUUCCCGACAAUUGUGUUGGUGGCAACUAUGCCAAGCAUACGAUUUUUAGAAAUGCCAGUGUCUAGCUAUUCUACGCCAUUUUAGAAGGUUUGUCGGGGCACCAUGAACGUAAGGUGGAGAAGAUGUGACAUCCCAAUCCGCAACCCGAAUCAACGAGAUAGCGAAUCGAGUUGCUACUAAUUCGGUAUUUACAUCUACAAUAUUUUAAAAAAUAUUUAAAAUAAAACAUCCAAUCAUGUUUAUUUAAAAACAAACAUAGUUUAAUUGGAAUAACAUAAUCAAUUUUUGCGGAAGCCUUUAACAACGAGAUCAUCAAAAGCAUUCUCGCAGUUUAGAUAAUAAAGUCAAUAAAACAUUUAAUUCAAUUUCAAUCAACUUCGGACCAUCCACGCUGCUUCACAUCCAAAAAAAAUCAAUUUUUAGAAAAAUGAAAAACCAAACCAAAUUAUUUGAUUCAGUUUCAAAGCACGUAAAUUUCUAGGCUGGGUCGUAAAACUAGGCAAAUAGAUCCACAGUGUUUCCCGCUCACAGGUCUGGAAAUCGGAAUCAGGCAUUCAGCGAUCUGAAAGAAAGAGAUAUGGAGGCAUCGAACAGCAUUCGUGUAUGAAUUCAUGGGAAUCCCAGUGAAGUUUGUCCAUGGAGCUUCCCCCCGAACAAACGCAUUCGUCCCAGUUGCUACACUCUCAAAAGAGAAAAUUGCUCCCGGAGGUGGAUGUGGAUGAUACAGACGGUUCAUCUACCAAAAAGGGAAAAGCGCUGCGUGAGUUGAAUGUGGCAGCACAGGGGUGGAUUAUUUUCAGGAUGAUGAUUCCUGCAGAGGGAGGGUUGUAUUGAUCAUUACAAUCUUAUGCUGAAGCCAUCUUAUGAGAAGGACAAUGUUGACGUUGAUUUCUAUGAAGCUGGAGAUGGAAUUGGAAUUAUAUUGUCUAUUUUAAUUCUCUAUAAUGACUGUAUUUAGAAAGCAAGAGUUUAUAGAUCUGAGUGAUGUCUGAUUUUCAUUUGUUCUAUUAUGUUUGAUUGGCAUAUUUUCUUGUCACUCUUGUUCUCUCUCUUUUUUGAGUGCCUAGGAACUUACAAGAGUUUUAAUUUAUAGAUUUGUGAUAUGUUUCCCUUUUAUGAUUCCUCUUGAUUUGAUUCUACAUUUCUUGAAUUCUUACUGGAAUAAUUAGGAAGGAUGGGUCAAACAGCCUUUUGACUCUUAUCCUUGAUGUCAAUUGAGUGAUCAUGACAGCCGACUACUUCUGGCAAGUUGAUGACCUAAUAUAGGUCAUUUUGAUGACUUGGUGGAAAUAUACAUGUGUGUAUUUUUAAAUAAGUUUCUUUUGAAAAUGUAGCUAAAGGAGUCGUUUCUGACCAUGUUUCAGCCUCAAAUCACUUUUGACGUAGGCAAUCUUUUAUUGUACACCUCGGGCUUAGUUUCUGACAAUACCAUUUUCUCUAGGGUGUAAAUGCAUAUGUAGAAUGUGGCAUCAGUGAUUUUUCUUAUUGGUUGUGAAUAUUGUUUUGGCCUAGCUGCAGUGCAUUUUUGUCAUGGGGUGGGAAUGUGAGUGGAUUUUCUGUUGUGAAGCUAUCAAGCUAAUAGUUCCGAUGCACCCCUCCAUGUCUUGAUCUUCACUUAGUGCUAGUUGAAGUAGAAUGAUCAUUUUUAGUAUUAGAGUUCAGGUUUUGUGUGAUGCAUUUUAAACUUGAGCAUAGGUGAUGGUAUCGGCCAAAGAAGACUCUAGGCGCUCCGCAACUCAUGCUGUGCGUGUUAUUUGCACGCUUUACUCCUCGUUCUUGCUCCAGAUGCCUUUUAAGGGGAGGUAUUUGAUAAGACUACUUGUACCAGCUGCACAUACAAAAAGGUUGAUUAUUCUCCAGACAAUCAACUCCCAUUCAUGCAAACCUGUUAUCUAUCUAACAGAUAAUGUUUCAUUUUUAUCUUUGGGUGAUGUGAUCGUUGAGGUGGAAGGGUAUUGUCGACACAUAGAUGAGGCAAUGCGAUCAGUUUAUUCUGAUCUGGGAGAGUUUAGGGUUGAUGAGAGCAUGGUCUGUGAACUUAAAGCUAACAAUGGCAUUCAUCCAUCUGCACAUGGGUGUGGUUCUGGGGUUAGAUUUCAAAGAGCUUCUGAGGUUCUAGCGUCCAAAGCAAUUCCCCUGUCAUAUAUUGAUCUUAUCAUAGGUAAAGAUGGUGCAAAUGUUGAAAACAUACGAAAAUCAAGUCGGGCUUCGGUGUACUUGAAACCAUACACACUUAGAGAGGUGACUAUUUGUAUUGUUGGUGAGUCGUACGCGGAUGUUGAAGCUGCUAAGUGUGCGAUAGAGGAUUUGAUUCCAGAGGACCGAAAGAAAGAUGGAAAACGUGUUUUUGCAGAAAUGGUUCAGGAAGAAAGGCUAGUUUCGGGGCCUCAUACAUCAAGUUGGGAAAGGCCAUAUAAGAAAUUGAGUGUCUUUUAAUUACCCCAUAGCUGUUUCUUGAUGCCAAAGCCAACCAAAUGACUAUGCAAAGUUGAUCCGUACUCUCUAUUUCUUUUAAGCAUUGAUCUCCACUUGGUUUUGAUUACUUACUCCGUAUUUUGUUUGAGUAACUUUUGGCACCCCUAGACUUCACGGGCUCUUCAAUUUAAUUCAUUAUGCUUUUUUUUAAAAAUAAAUUACCCGGAGUAGAUAAGACAUUACUCCAUCCGUCCCAAUUUAAAUCGCCUGUUUUGAUUUUAAGUCAUAUUUAAGGAAAAUAAAAAAUAGAGUUGAUUUUC